CGGGCACGCACCGCUCCCACCGUCGCCGCGCGAUUCACCUCGCCACUCCACUCCGAUGAGAUCUGGCACGCGAAUUUAACGCCGCCGGGAAAUAGUGGGGAUCUUAAAUCGCCGCGACGACUCCGCGCCCCGCACCCGCCAUCGCUUUCCGCUCACCUCAUCACCCUCCUGGCCUCCCUCCCCUGGUUGCGGCUCGACGACGCCGUUAUUACCCAGCCACCUCCGUCCCCCCUCCACCUUCCCCACGCGCGGGACACCACACCUCUGAUCUCUCUCUCUCUCUCUCUCUCUCUCUCGUACUGGUCUGGACAGAGGUCGUCGCCUUCUUGGGUAGCUAGCGAUGCAGCGGCGGGCGGAGUUCAGCUUCCCGGGCUCGCCGGCGCGGGGGCUGCCGCCUCGGGCGCCGCCGCCGGGGAACGCGAUGGCGCCGCGGUACGGGGAGGAGGAGGUCCGGUGGCUGCAGGCGUCGCGCCAGGCCUCGCCGGACUACAGCUCCGGCGGCGGGUCGGGCACGCCGUCGCCGCAGCUGUGGGCGUACCAGCCCGACCUCCACCGGCCGUACCCGGCCUCCGCGGGGAGCUCGCCGUCGCGGGCGCAGGCCAUCGCGGGGUACCGCCGCGAGAUGCUCGACCUCGUCCGCGGCCUUCCCGAGUCCGCCUACGAGCUGUCGCUCCGCGACAUCGUCGAGCACCCGGCGUCCUCCUCGCCACCCCCGCCUCCCGAACCCCUGCCGCAACCGCCGAACGCCUCCGCCGCGUCCGCGCAGGCGAGCGACGAGCCCGCCGGCACCACCAAGGACGCCGCGGCGGUGGACGCGCAAGUCCAGGACGGCAAGAAGCAGAGCGGCUCCAGCAAGAAGCAGGGGAGGAAGCAGAGGACGAUGCGGAAGCAGAGGAGCCGGAGCCUGGAGCGGAGCGUCAGCCUGGACACCGGCCUGCUCAUCAAGCUCUUCCUCCCGCUCUCCAUCGGCGGCAAGAAGAAGGUAUCGCCCCGGCCGGACGCCGCCAAGGACGGCAAGAAGAAGGACAACGAGAAGAAGAAGAAGAAGAAGAAGAAGCAGCCGGAGGCGCCGGUGCCGGCGCAGGAGGAGGAGUGGUGGACCAAGAGCGAGUUCAGCGAGGCCGGCGGCAGCAGCCGGACGAGCAGCACCGGCAGCAGCAGCAACAGCAGCACCGGCAGCAUCAGGAAUGGGCAUGCCAAUGGCAGCGUCAAUCCAAGAGCUCCGGCAAGGAGUUGGAGCAGAAAGCGAACUGGGUGCUAUGCUUUCUUCAGGGCAAACAAGAGCAAAAAUGGAGUAGGCCAAGACUAGAAUGAUGACAAGGCCACCAUGAAAACGAAAAUGAGUCUCUCUGGUGAGCCGUCCAUGGAAACCAUCAGCAUUGUCACGCAGCUCGAGAAAGCUCAAGCAGGCAACAAAUCUCCACACCUGAACCGAUGCAAAGGUCAUGCAGUAAUGGCUGAUUUUAUACACAGAUAGUGGCAUCUUGGCGUUGUCAGCCUUUUCCUUUCUCCAUGGCAUGUGAUCUCCAUGGUGUAAACAAAAAGGACAAAUAAUUUAGGGUCUAUGACUGGUUCACACAUCAUAGAUUCAUAGAGAUCGAUGUGGACACAUCAUAGUGGCACCAAUGUAUACUCGCGCAGUCUUCUGUAUUUUCUUGACACAGUCACAUCUCUCUCUUGUACUAUCUUCUAUUUGUACAUGCCCUAUGGCACCUUUGGCUUCAGAGACUAAAGUACACUUGUUGUUAGUACUUGUGAAUAGAAAACAGAGGUUGUGGAUGAUGACA